UCGGAUCCCGAAGGAAAGAGCGGGGUAGUGGAGGAAACCAGGCGGCCAGCGCGCAGGCCCAGAAGCUCACGAGCCGCGGCUGCCGGCGACGCCCCUGAGCGGAAGAGGGAAGUGAGGCGGACGCCGGGCUGGGCUGGGUUGGGCUGAGCUCGCUGAAGGGAAGGCCUGCGCCGUUCGGGAUCCGGUAUGUCGAAGAACACGGUGUCGUCGGCCCGCUUCCGGAAGGUGGACGUGGAUGAGUACGAUGAGAACAAGUUCGUGGACGAGGAGGACGGGGGCGACGGCCAGGCGGGGCCCGACGAGGGCGAGGUGGACUCCUGCCUACGGCAAGGAAACAUGACAGCUGCUCUCCAGGCAGCUCUGAAAAACCCCCCUAUCAACACAAAGAGUCAGGCAGUGAAGGAUCGGGCAGGCAGCAUUGUCUUGAAGGUGCUCAUCUCUUUUAAAGCUAAUGACAUUGAAAAGGCCGUUCAAUCUCCAGACAAGAAUGGUGUGGACCUCCUAAUGAAGUAUAUUUAUAAAGGCUUUGAGAGCCCAUCUGACAACAGCAGUGCUAUGUUAUUACAGUGGCAUGAAAAGGCACUUGCUGCUGGAGGAGUAGGGUCCAUCGUUCGUGUUUUGACUGCAAGGAAAACUGUGUAGUCCAGCCGGAACUGGACAUCAGUAACAGGGUGGGAGUUGCUGGUACAAAGACCAAAACAACCAAAUGCUACUGCUGCCCUGUGGGCAGCAUCUGUUUCUCUCAGCUUUGCCUUCUUGCUUCCUUUUUCAUAUCUAUAAAGAAGAAAUUACAUAUCAGUUUUCCUUUAGAGAAAAUUUGAUUCCGCAGGAGUGUUUGAUCCUUUCAUAACCAUGUCAAUAAUGUGUAUACCAGAAUAAUUUAUAUUCACGUUUGAUUGUGCAAUUUCUAAUCCUGUUGGCUGGUUUCUGGAUUUUACUUUAUUUUUAACUAAUAACUGAGAGAUAUGAUCAGAAUUUGAGGCCAGUUAACUCAUGAGUCAGGAAGUGAUGUUUGUUUUUAAAAAUGAGAGAUUGGCAGCUAUUAACAUUGCAAAACUGGACCAAGCUUAUUUACGUUAUUUAAGCAAAAUAUAUUUCCAGAACGAGUAGUGGGUGAAUCCCACUACCAGUUUCCAGCUUUAUUUCUGCUUGCUUGCAGAUGAUGCUGUGAGUGUAAGUGUGCUGCUUCCUGUCAGCAUCCAUUUAUCAUGGCCUCUUAAUCUCCUUGUGGUCAUCCAGGGUCCAGAGCAAGAAGUCUUGCUCUAUGUAAAUGUAUUUAGAAAAUUUCAGAGCCUAUUUGGGCACAAUAUCACACUUUUGUUCCAAUAAUAAGUCUAUCUAGGGAAAUUACUCCAAGUCAGAAAGGAUGUAGAAACUGAUGUAAUUCAAACUCCAGCAGCCUCUGAAUGAUACAAUAUUUUCUUCAGAAAUAAGGCAGCUGCCUUAGACACUUGUACAAGUGCUCACUAUAGCACUUAAUGUGCCCUAUAAAUGUCGUCAGUGUUCUUCAGGUAAUCGGGAUUUAGGGAUUUGGUUCUGAAACAUUCUGUGUUUCAGCUCAGUAUUUUUUAAGGAGUGACAAUGCCACACAGUAAAAAAAAGUGUUUACUUUGUUGGACAAACCAAAUCAGUUCUCAAAAAAUGACCGGUGCUUAUAAAAAGUUAUCAUAAAGUAGUUCCAAAACAAACCACCCAAAUGCAUAUGACCCAAGAGGAAAAUCAGCCUGUGUUUAGUAUUUGCAUAAGAUACUGGUUCCAUAGUCACUGGCUUGUGUGAGAACUGGUGCAGGAAUUCUCUAUAAACUCUGCUGGUUUUGAUACCUACUUUUUGUUUUCUUCUUGUUUUGUAAAAACGAUAAACUUCAGAAAAUAAAAUGUCAGUGUUGAAUAAUU